AACUUACGAGAUGGAGUGGAAAAAGGGGGAAAGAGUAAGUCAUUUUUUACACGUCAUAAAAUUUGCCCAUUAGUUAUUAUGCCUCCAUCCACUCUCGGGGCAUUAACACGUAUGAAUGUGCAAUAUCCGAUGCUUUUCAAGUUGACGAACAAACAGGCAAACCGUACGACACAUUGUGGUGUGUUAGAGUUCGUGGCCGACGAAGGAAAUAUUUACGUCCCCUAUUGGAUGCUGAAAAAUCUUCUUCUAGAGGAGGGGGAGCGGGUUUCCGUUUCAAAUGUUUCUCUUAAAGUGGCAUCGUUCGCUAGGUUUCAGCCCCAGAGCUGUGACUUUUUGGAUAUAUCAAACCCAAAAGCAGUUUUAGAGAACGCUCUCCGGUAUUUCGCGUGCCUGACUGUCGGUGACGUCAUUGCCAUCAGUUAUAAUGACAACGUUUACGAGCUGAAAGUACUAGAAACCAAGCCGGACAAUGCCGUGACUAUAAUUGAAUGUGACAUGAGCGUGAAUGCUAUUACCCUUAUAAAUCAUGCCCCCAAGCCUGUUGCCAAAUGGCGUUUUGAUUAUUUUUUCUUGGAAUAG